AUGGCGGGACAAGGUGAUGUUUCACCAAAGGAUGUUUCAGCUGGAGAGCAUGAGCAGCGCAGAAACUUGCCUAGUAGAGGCCGAGGCCUUGCAUGGCAUCCUUGGGGUCAAGGCGUGAGCCGACGUGGCGAAGAAGAACUUAUGGAGUCACUUUUUGCAGAGGAAAGUGCAGAGGGAAGUCAAGAACACGGAAAUCGGCUGGGGUCCAAUUUGCAGUAUUGGCUCAAUGGGGAGCAGGAUCUGUGGGAGGGACGCAAACUGCCCUCGUAUGCUGCGAAACAGGUUGAGACUUUAUUCAAACGGAUGAUGGAGGCUAUAACGGCCUGCCGAAAACUGCUGCAAGUGCUGCCGGCAGGCCAAGGUCUGCGCCUGGCACAUUCAGUGAUGCGAUUGCUAGCGCUAAACUUGGGCGCUAUUUCAGUAAUCCCAAAAGAUUUCGAGCCUUUUCGAUCGUCCCUCAGUGACACACUUGCGGUGCUAGGGUCAUGCGCGCUUCGGCACUCUGAGGAGGUCCGGGAAGUUCAAAGCCUGUUCUGGGAAGUCCAUUCUCUGAUUGAUUUGAUUAAAGCGCUCAAAAUUCCUCGGCAGACUCCCCCCAAAACUUCGCCUCUUGCACGCAUGAAGAGGAUGAGGUCUCUGAUUCGGACUGCCGGCAUGACAGUAAAGGUUUGCUCGCUUGUCUUAGCGGGACUCUCCAGAAUGUGCGAAAACCCCUCUGGUUGUAUGCCAGAGCAUGUCUUCAACCAACAGCUAGGCGUUCUCAAGGUAGUUUUCGACAUUCACUCUCGUUAUAUUGCCAUGGACACGUAUCACAGAUACCACCUCCGCAACUGUCAGAACAGGAUGGGCGCAGAGCUGCUUCUUGGGCCCCAACACCAAGAACUCGCCGAUCAGUCUCUACCAUCGUUAAAACAAGUGCUAUGGGACAUCGCUGACUCCGUUAGGAAAGCAGGUGGUCUGCUCCACCUUCCACUAACGCAGUCGGCCGCCCAACGUACGCUUGCCGGUACUGCGUUGGGUUCACAAAUUUCUGCAACCCUCAAUGGGCAGCCAAGAGGAACAAUUACUCAAGGGCAUGGGAACAGAAAAACCCCGGUGGAAUACCAGCCUUCCCGUGUUAGUGGAGGCCCAGCACCCUCCCAGGAGAUGCAGGGAGCCCCUCGGUUAACAUCUCCAGCAUCUCCUCAGUCUGUAGCCUGGCAGCUUGAAACACUGCCAGUACAGGGUUCUUACCCAGCGUUUCUUCCCCAUUCGUAUUAUGCCAUUAACCAUCAACCUCACAAGCACCGGUCACCCGCUUUUGCUUCAGCGGUACUUGGCUCUUCAGUGAUCUGGGUGCGCACUCCAGCAGAUGGUAGCAAGGGCACGCCUCCACAGAUUCAAUGGGACACACCGAAUUUACGCGGAACGGUGGCUCCAAGCCGACCUUAUACGUUUGAAGGCGCCAAAGCCUAUGCAACCCCUGCGCGUUACUUUGGUUAUGGUGAUAUUAGUCUGUGGCAUUCCCAGCAGUCGGGAAACGCUGCAGUGGGAGGACCGUUGGGCAUGCGGCCAACCAUAGAUCCUCUCUAUAGAGACCGACCCCUCCCUGGCCAGGCGGCUCCAACUCCCUGGCCACAAGCCUUAAGUGAUUCGGUCCGCCAAACUUCACCUAAGCAAUCAACGUGGAAACACAGAACCGGGGGACAAAGCAUUCCUCAGCAUCCAGAACCUGAACGGGCACGUGCCGUGCUGGCUGAGCUUCUCAGAAGCGUUAUCACACUCGAAGACAUCUUAUAUGGGGAUCCGGACUAA